AUGCAUACGACGGGGAACUGCUACUCCCUGAAGCAGAUAGAGAAGGCCCGCUGUGCCAAGGAGGCUGGCGGCGGCAACCAGCACAAGGAUCGCACCAAGGACCAAGACCAGCACAAGGGAGAUGGGUUCGGCCGCAGCACCGGCUCGCUCCAUACCUUCACCGGAGUCGGCGAUCGCCGGGACAGGAAGGUCCUCACAAGGGCGGUGGACCGGCUUGGCAUGCUAGACUCGCGCCUCGAGAACACCAAAGUCACGUUCCAUGGCAUCAUCCCAAGGCGGAAGGCUUUCCCGAUCGGCAAGGUCACGCUGCCGGUCACCUUCGGCACACCUGUGAACUACCACACCGAUCGGAUAACGUUCGAGGUGGUCAACUUCCGCAGCCCAUACCACUGCGUGCUCGGUCGCCAGGCAUUCGCCAGGUUCAUGGUUGCGCCUCACUACGCCUACAACAUGAUGAAGAUGCCCGGGCCCCGUGGCGUCAUCACCGUCCGUGGCGACCCGGAGAUGGCACUGGAAUGUGAGGACAGCAGCGCCAAGCUCGCCGACGCCGUCAUUGCUGAGGAACACGACAACAUCGUCGAGCUCGCCAAGAACGCUGGAGCAACCUACCAACGGUGCAUGAACAGCUGCAUGGAGAGCCAAAUUGGCCGCAACGUACACGUCUACAUAGAUGACGUGGUAGUCAAGUCGACUCGGCAGGAUGAUCUAGUCAUCGACCUCGCCGAGACAUUUGCCAACCUGCGGCGCUACCAGAUCAAGCUCAACCCCCUGAAGUGCACCUUCGGGGUCCCAUCCGGACAACUCCUCGGCUACCUCGUUUCCAAACGCGGCAUCGAGCCUAACCCGGAAAAAACCUUUGCGGUCAUCCGAACAAAACAACCAGCUUGCCUAGUCGACGCACAGAAACUCGCCGGGCAAGUCGUGGCCCUCAGUCGCUUCAUACCCCGACUCGGUGACAAGGCCACGCCACUCUAUCGUCUCCUGAAUAAAUCGGAAUCGUUCGAGUGGACCGACGAAGCACAGAAGGCCCUGGAAGAGCUCCAGCACGCCCUGCGGAACGCUCCCGUCCUCGUGGCUCCGCUCCCACAAGAAACCAUGCUGUUGUAUGUCGCCGCGUCCAAUCGCGCGAUAAGCACGGUCAUGGUCGUUGAGCGCCAGGACGAAGGAAAAGAACAGCUGAUACAACGCCCAGUCCACUACAUCAGCGAGGCCCUAAUCGAGUCAAAGCAGCGGUACCCGCACUACCAAAAGCUAGUGUAUGCAGUCCUUAGGGCCCAGCGGCGACUGGCCCCUUACUUCCAUGAGCAUCCCAUCAAGGUGGUCGCCUCAACGCCACUCGCCGACAUCAUCCGCAACCGCGACGCAACCGGCCGAAUCGCCAAAUGGGCAGUCGAACUCGGCGUGCACAACAUCACGUACGAGUCGCGCCAUGCCAUCAAAUCCCAGGCGCUCGCCGACUUCCUCGCCGAUUGGGAAGAGGCCCAACAGCUGAGCUCCCCCGCGGACCUCAAGCACUGGACAUUACAGUUCGAUGGCUCCAAAAACCACGAAGGAGCAGGGGUCGUCCUCACCUCGCCGAAAGGCGACAUCGUGAGAUACGUCCUGCAACUUCGAUUCGAGCCCUGCACCAACAACAUGGCCGAGUACGAGGCACUCCUCCACGGCAUGCGCAUUGCAAAAGAGAUGGGCGCAACACGACUACGUUGUCUCGGCGACUCCGACCUUGUCGCCAGCCAGACGUCCGGCACCUGCGACGCCACUGAUGCCAACAUGAUCGCCUACAAGCAAGCGGUCGACCAGGCCGGCGCCAGCUUCGCCGGUCAUGUCGUCGAAUGGGUUGACAGGCGCAAGAACGAAGAGGCAGACACGCUGGCUAGGCUCGGGUCCAAGCGACUCCAACCCCCUCCAGGCGUCUUCCUCGACAUCCUCAGUCGCUCAUCGGUGCGUGCGCCACGGGAGAUCGACAUCGCCGAACCUCCUGCACCCGACUCCGCCCUAGUCGCACUCGCCUCCGACGCCGACGACUGGACGGAACCAUACUUAGGCUACCUCGAGUGCCAGGUACUGUCAAUGGACGAAACGGAGGCACGCGCGCUCGUACGCCGUUGCAAGUCCUUCACUAUCAUCAACAAUGAACUCUACAAGCGCAGCACCUCAGGAGUAUUCCAGCGGUGCAUUGCUGCCGGCGAAGGCCGCAAAAUUCUGUGCGACAUCCACGAAAGCGACUGCGGCCACCACGCAGCCCACGAAGACGCAGUCGACCUCGUCCGCGCGUGCGCCGGAUGCCAGAAGUACGCAAGUCAGUCACACAUGUCGGGCUCGGCGCUAAAGACCAUACCCCUCACUUGGCGGUUCGCUGUCUGGGGCAUGGACAUGGUGGGGAAAUUCAAGACAGCCCCCGGCGGGUACACUCAUCUCCUAGUCGAUGUGGACAAAUUCACCAAAUGGGUGGAGGCAAAACCCAUCAAGAAGUGCGACGGCAAAACAGCCACCAAAUUCCUACGCGAGCUGAUCUACCGCUACGUCUACCCUCACAGCAUCAUCACGGAUGACGGCACAAAUUUCGCCAAAGGGGAAAUGGCCGACUUCUGCGAAGACAAAGGCAUCUGA